CUGAGUUCCAUUGUCUUCAGAGCUUAAACCACCCAAACAUCAGGAUAUUAUUUGAGGUGAUUGCCACCCAGGACAAGUUUAACCUGGUGAUGGAGCACGUGAGGGGAGGGGACAUACGAGAGCACCUGGAGACCGAAGGCCGCCUGACUGAGCGAGAAGCUCGGGCUGCAUUCCGGCAGCUGGUGUCUGCGCACCAGUACUGCCACCACAGGGGCAUCGCCCACCAGGACCUAAAGCCUGCCAACAUCCUGAUAGACGCCAACAUGACCAUCAAACUGGCAGACUUUGGUUUCGGCAAGGAAGCGAAGGGCCCAAAACUGAGCACCUUCUGCAGCACCAUCUACUACAUGGCCCCCGAGAUCUUGAAGAACCAAGAUUACAAUGGCUGCAAAGUGGACGUCUGGAGCUUGGGCGUGACCUUGUACAAGAAGAUGACAGGAAAGGUGCCAUUCAGGGGGGCCAACUUUGUACGACAGAGGGAGAAGAUCCUGGCGGGGAACUUUGAAGUGCCACAUGUCCUGAGCAGGCAAAGCAAAGGUUUUUUUAAAUAACUUACUGACUGUGGACCCCCACUAGAGGCCGAUCAUGGAAGAGGUCAUGGAGGACCCCUGACUCAACAUGGGCCAGGAGGAGGAGCCGCAGCAGCCCUACAGCGAGACGCCCCAGGGGAACUUGGACGCCCACAUCACAGCAAUGAUGCUGGAGCUGGGCUUCAAGCAGGAGGAGAUCCAGCAGUCAGUGACACAGAGGACAUUCGACAGAGUGAUGGGGACACACCA